UUCUCACUCAUUGUACUUGUUGCUUAAAGCUUGCCCUCUUCCCCUUAUCCCCUCUCUCUCUUUGGUCUGUGCAGAGAUAUGAAAACCAACUCAGCAGCUUCAAUCUUCCCCAUCUAAAGGGAAUUCCAAGCUACACAACACAACAUCAUAUAGCAAAAAUGAAAGAGACCCACUAGGCCAUCAAAGUCACUGAAUUGAGGGUCACCUUCAGAUCAUGUACUAGGACCAAAAAGAUAUAAUCCCACUCUCUCAUACAUGAUCAUGGAUGAAAAUGGGAUCCGCAGGCCGAACUUCCCUCUUCAGCUCCUAGAAAAGAAGGAACAACCUCGUUCCGACCCUGCCGACGUCGACACCAGCUCCAAACCAACCUUGGAACCUCCCUCCAAGAAACCUCCACCUAAGAGGACUUCGACCAAGGACCGGCACACCAAAGUGGAAGGCCGAGGCCGUCGCAUCCGCAUGCCGGCUACGUGUGCUGCUAGGGUUUUCCAGCUAACAAGGGAGCUUGGUCACAAAUCAGAUGGUGAAACCAUUGAGUGGUUGCUCCAACAAGCUGAGCCUGCGGUUUUUGCUGCCACGGGGACAGGUACUAUCCCUGCAAAUUUCACGUCCCUUAAUAUUUCACUAAGAAGUUCAGGUUCUAGCAUGUCGGCUUCAUACUUGAGGAACACAUAUUUCAAUCCAAAUUUUACCACACAAAAAUUGAGGACGGGGAGUGAAUGGGAUCAAAGGAAUGUCCUUGACGAUUCAUCUCAACAACAACAACAGCAACGAAGGGUUUUAUUUCCUGGUGUUGCUUUAUCAUCUGAAGAUUCAUUGACCUUUCCUGGUACUAGUAGCACUACUUUGAACGCGUUCUUGCAAGCUAAGCAAGAGAUUCGGGACGCCGAGUCCGCGGAUACUAGUAUAGGGAAGAGGAGGAGGCCGGAGCAGCAAGAAUCGCCACAAAAUCAGGUGGGAAGUUACUUGAUACAAUCUAAUACGGGUUCGAUUCCGACGAGUCAUAAUCCGAUCCCGGCGACAUUUUGGAUUGGCAACCAAGUUAUCAGUGGGAGUGGCACUGGGGAUCCCAUGUGGACAUUUCCUUCAACAAAUAACACUAAUAUGUAUAGGGGUACUAUGUCUAGUGGGGUGCAUUUUAUGAAUUUAGCCGCUCCAAUGGCUCUCCUCCCUGCCCAACAAUUCGGUUCCGGAAUCAGUGCCGGCGGUGGCUCAGUUACCGACACUCAUUUAAGCAUGCUGGCGUCACUAAACGCUUAUAGACCAGUCCCGGGUAUUGGUGUUUCCGAGCCCCCGGCCGGUGGAUCACAUUAACACCACGGUGGAGAAAAUAGGCAUGAUUCAACUAGCUAGUGUUCAACAAGUAACUGAUGUGCUUGGAAAACGAAAGACAAUGUUUGGAAUGUGAGGAGAAUUAGGGCAUGUGCAACUGUGCGAAGGUAUCCCUCAAAACCUUAACUACUUUUUUCGAUUGGUCUACAUCAUGGGUUUGGCUUGGCUUUCUUGUUCUUUCUCACCCUUUCACCCACUUGUGUUUGUUGGUCAAAUUUUACUUGAAUAAAUUUUGGGAUUUUCUAUUUAAA